AUGGACCGGAAUAUUUGUAUAGCUGUACUGGGAUUGGGUGAGAUGGGCACCAUACACGCUGAGUCUCUGCGGAGACUUGGCGGAGUAGAGCUCGCUCUUGCCUCGAAACGCUCCGAGGUUCUCCACGAGCUUGCGGAGCGCCUGUACGUACCGUGUGCGUUGCGCUUCGAGUCGUACGAGGAUGCUCUAGCCAGUCCGAGAGUGGAUGCCGUCGUAGUGGCUACCGCUCCUGCGGAUCAUACUGAACGAAUCGUUCGAGCAGCCCAAGCUGGAAAGCACAUAUUUUGUGAGAAGCCGCUUGGCCUCUCAGCUGCGAGCGUUGAAAAGGCGCUUGCACAAGUGGAGCACGCUCGACUUGAGCGCGGCGACUUUGGAAAGAAAGUUUUCAUGGUCGGGUUUAUGCGCCGCUUUGAUCCGGCGUACGCGCGAGGAAAACUACUGGUACAGUCGGGGGCGCUUGGGAAACCGACGGUGCUCAAGUGCACCUCCGGUGACGCCGAGUAUCCCGCGAAAUAUCAACGAGAUCUUGGCUACAAUUCCAUGCUGCUUGACCUUGCUGUGCAUGAUAUCGAUUUGGCCCGCUGGCUUCUCGGUGCUGAGGUCCACCGGGUUCACGUCGUUUGUCGUUCGCUCGUGUAUCCGCAGCUGGCGGGGCUGGGCGACGCAGACAACGCCUUGGCCCUGCUCGAGAUGGAUAGCGGCGCUCUGGUGUCGGCACACUUUUGUCGCGCAUUUAACUACGGAUAUAAUGUUACGAGCGAACUGGUGUGUGAGCGCGGUUCCGUGUAUUUAGGAGAACUCAAGCGACCGGGAGACGCCAUUCGCGUUGCAGAUCCAGCCGGAGCCCUGUCCGAGCGCAUUGCACCCGUUUUCAGGGAGCGUUUCGAACAGGCCUUCCAACGAGAGAUGGAGGUCUUCGCUGAAGCAGUUCGAAAGGGAACCCUACCCGCAGGCGCACCCGGGCCUCUGGAUGGCCUCGCAGCUACGCGCGUCGCCGAGGCGCUCGUUCGCUCAUGGCAGACAGGCUCACCCCAGGUUGUUCAGCACUGA